AUCGUUUAUGUGUAGGACUGGAGAUGCGCAGGGUUUGUGUGAAGCCACUGAUCUGUACGGUAUCCGGAUCACAUAUUUGUCUGCAGUGAAAUUCCGAGAUACUCCCAUUUGUGUAGACCUAUCCAGUUAGGUACAGACCUGCAACAUUCCUGAGUAGUCAGCGACCAACUCAGAGGCGAAGUGCUCUCACAUAGAGACCGGUGGCAUUAGCUAGCUCGCAAAGACGGGAACAUGGCCUCCAUUGCACUGAAUUGCACGCCUUUUUUGUUAGGUUUGAUUUACUGCACGUUACUUUUUGGAUCCGUUUUUUGCGACGCGGACACAGAAGAGGACGAACAUGUCAAGCAUACGUACGCAGUGGAGAUGUUUAACAACGCUGUGCCCACCGCACCACACUUUGUCAUGUUCUUCGCUCCUUGGUGUGGCCACUGCCAGCGGCUGCAGAGCACCUGGAACGAACUAGCAGACAAGUACAACAGCAUGGCAUCGCCUCCCGUGUAUGUAGUCAAGGUUGACUGCACUCAAGAUGUCAAAUUCUGCUCCAACGUCCACGGGAUCAGGGGAUACCCCACGCUGGUUCUGUUCAAGCCUGAGCUGGAGCCAGUGAAGUACCAGGGUUCCAGGGAUCUGCAGUCUCUGGAGACGUGGAUGCUGAAGACCCUGCAGGAGGUUCCUGAGGAGCCGGAGAGUGAGUUGGAGCUCCCCAAGGUCCCAGAGGUCAAGCAGGGUCUCUACGACCUCUCUGCUGCCAGCUUUAAGGGCCACAUCGCUACAGGAUCUCACUUUGUCAAGUUCUUCGCCCCGUGGUGUGGUCACUGCAAGGCAAUGGCCCCUACCUGGGAACAGCUGGCCUCCAGCCUGGAGCACUCAGAUACCGUCAAGAUAGGCAAGGUGGACUGCACGCAGCAUUACGAGGUGUGCUCGGAGAACUCGGUGCGUGGAUACCCCACCCUGCUGUUCUUCAGGAACGGAGAGAAGACAGAGCAGUAUCGGGGCAAGAGGGAUCUUGACUCCCUGAAGGACUUUGUGGAUGCCCAGCUGAAGGUGGAGGAGGUGGAGGAGGCUCUUGGUGAGGAAGAGGCCGGGACCGACGAGGUGGAGCCUCCCAGCGCCGAGCCUGCUCAAGAGGAGUCAGGUGUUGUGACCCUCACAGAGAGCAACUUUGACGAUCUGGUGGCCAAAGGUUUCACCUUCAUCAAGUUCUACGCCCCCUGGUGUGGUCACUGUAAGAACCUGGCCCCCACCUGGGAGGAUCUCUCCAGGAAGGAGUUCCCUGGUCUGACAGACGUGAAGGUGGCCACAGUGGACUGCACCGUGGAGCGCUCGCUCUGCAACAGGUUUGCGGUGCGUGGGUACCCCACGUUGCUGCUGUUCCGGGCGGGUCAGCAGGGGGAGGAGCACCACGGAGGGCGUGACCUGGAGAGCCUGCAUGCCUUCGUCAUGAAGCAGGCCCGAGACGAGCUGUAGCGGGGACCCAGUGCCUUCCUCGACACCCCCCCCCCCCCCACACUGCAUAUCUGGCCAAUGGGAACGCUCUUGUCCCAUUCAAGCGCCAGCCCUCUUUCUCUAUCCUCCAAUCGGUUUAAUUAAGACGGCCAGCCCCACCCACCAUCCCUGACGUGUCACGCGAGCCACGACGUCUAACCCUUACGAACCGGAAGUGGAUGGCACUUGAAUGUUUUACAUUCGUUGCCCUGACUCCGCAUUCACACAAACAUGUCUGGACCCCUGCCUCCAUUUUUUGAAACUGCAGAAAUUAAUUAUUGAUGAGUCGUGAUAUAUCAUGAACUGUAAUUGUGUUACGGUGUUGUUUGUCCUGUGGGGGUCGACUGGUUGGACGUCCGGUGGUGUU